CUUCCACUUUCCAACCCCCCACAUGUUCACUUUUCACUUCAGUCCUUGUUAUAUAAUACCCCCACACCGCUCCAUCCACCCUCCCCCACCUCCUCUGUCUCUCUCCCUCUCUCUCUCCAUGACUCGUCCACCUAGAUUUCUCGGCGGCGUCAGCUCAUCUUCAUCUUCCUCUUCCUCAGCCACUGCGGCGGCGCAACCCCCGGAGGCCGUAGCCGUCGAGUCGGACUUCGUCGUCAUCCUCGCCGCCCUACUCUGCGCCCUAAUCUGCGUCGUCGGCUUCAUUGCCGUGGCCCGAUGCGCCUGGCUCCGCCGCAGCACCUCCUCCUCCUCCGCCGCCGCCCCCAACAAAGGCCUCAAAAAGAAGAUCCUCCAGUCGCUUCCGAGGCUCACUUACGACUCCUCCGCCGCCAACUCCAAGCUCGGCGAGUGCCCGAUCUGCCUGGCGGAGUACGCCGACGGGGACGAGAUCCGCUUGCUUCCUCAGUGCGGCCACGGAUUCCAUGUCGCCUGCAUCGACACGUGGCUCGGAUCUCACUCCUCAUGCCCGUCGUGCCGCCAGAUCCUCGCCGUGGCUAGGUGCCGGAAGUGCGGUGAUUGUCCAGAGGUGGAGGUGAAGGCCAGAGAAGACGGCGGUUCUUCGAGCGGCUUCUUACCAGUUUGAGAGAGUAGAACAACAGAUGAAGAUGAACCAAAACAAAGCCGAGCCAACCAGUCCGUGACACCAAGGCAAGCCAAGUAGUAGAAAGAAUUGAUGUGAGGGCUUCUUUGUCUGGUAGUUGCAUAGAAAUAUUAAAUUUUACAGAGAGAAAUCAUGAUCACUACUAGUGCCAGAUGAUUUGGAUAGACAUGAAGAGGCUCAAACAGUUGGCCCUAAUACUUGUUUUGAGUACAUAAAUAGCCAGCGAUGGUUAGGAAGAGGAUGAGAGUGUCCAUGCUUUUGUCAAUCUUUGUACAUAAUGUUGCUUCUCCUCCAUCCAUGUUGUAAUAGAUUGGUAGGAAUGAACGAUGCCAUUGCCUCUCCAUUUCCGAGAGUACUUAUUCAUUUUGUAUUAA